GGCUGAUUCAUAAUUCUUGUUGAUCAUGUAUCACGAUAACUACGAGGAAGACGAUCUUGCUGCCGAAGUUGAACUCGUCACUUCGGCUCAAUAUCCUCAGGAUGCUGAUGUUGAUGACGGUUUCGAUUCAGAAGGCGUUGUUUCUUCUCAAAAGCAACCUAUUGCUGUCGAGAUCCCUGACACCAUCAAGAACUUCAUCACCUACUUCCACAGAAAUGUUCUUGAGAAUAACAUUUACGAAUUGCACACUCUCUACGAGGUCACUUUCAACAAGCUCACUGACCGAUUCUACGCAAAGCAACCAUGGCCUGAGGCAGAACUUAUUUCUCCCCUCGUUGACGAUGAUCAAGUCUUUUUGACCUUGUACCGCGAAUUGUACUAUCGUCAUAUUUAUGCUCGUCUUUCGCCUUCCAUCCAAGACCGCUUCCACUCAUACGAGAACUACUGCGAUCUCUUCAACUAUAUCUUGAAUUCCGACUUCCCCGUUAACCUUGAACUUCCAAACCAAUGGUUGUGGGAUAUCAUUGACGAGUUCAUCUACCAGUUCCAGUCUUUCUGCAACUGCAGAAACAGAAUUAAGAACCGCUCUGAAGAGGAGAUUGCUUUGCUUCGUGACAACCCGCAAAUUUGGAGCUGCUACAGUGUUCUCAAUGUCUUGUACUCCUUGAUUCAAAAGUCUCGCAUCAACGAACAGCUUCUUGUUAACAAGAACGGAGGUGAUAUGUUGGAAGCUGCUGGUGAAUACGGUUCACGACCUCUCUACAAGAUGUUGGGAUACUUCUCUAUCAUUGGUCUCUUGCGUGUUCACUGUCUUUUGGGUGACUACACCUUGGCACUCAAGAUGAUGGAUAACAUUGAACUCAACAAGAAGGCUCUCUUCUCUCGUGUCAUUCCAUGCCACGUUACCACAUACUACUACGUUGGUUUCUCUUACUUGAUGAUGAGAAGAUAUGCUGAUGCCAUCAGAGCUUUCUCCACUGUCUUGACUUUCAUCCAACGAACCAAGCAAUACCAUACUCGUUCAUAUCAGUUUGACCAGAUCGCCAAGAAGUGUGAUCAAAUGUACGCUUUGUUGGCUAUGUGCAUUGCUCUCUGCCCAACUCGUCUCGAUGAGAACAUUCACAACCAUCUCCGUGAGAAGUAUGGCGACCAAUUGGCCAAGAUGCAAAAGGGUGAGGACAGCAUUAGUGUUUAUGAAGACCUUUUCCAGUAUGCAUGCCCCAAGUUUAUCUCUCCCAAUGGACCCAACUUCGAUGACCCUGCUUCCCUUUCACAGGUCAAUGAGCCUUACCAGCACCAUGCCAAGAUUUUCCUCAGUGAUAUACAUAACCAGACCAUGAUCCCAACAUUGCGAUCAUUCCUCAAGUUGUACACUACCAUGAGCAUCGAUAAAUUGGCAGCUUUCCUUGAAAUGGAUGCUGACGAGCUUAGAACUCAGCUUUUGAUGUUCAAGCAAAGAAGCCGCCAACAAAAGUGGAUUACCGGCAACCUCCUCGAAGGAGAUAUUGUCUCUACUUCUGACUUGGACUUCUGCAUCAAGCAGGACAUGAUUCACAUUGCUGAGAGCAAGGUUGGACGACGUUACGGUGACUGGUUCCUGAGAAAUAUUACCAGAUUCCAGGAUGUCAUUGCCACCUUAGAGCAUAAGAACUAAACACCCUUCCAUGAAAACAAAAUAGUUAUAAAAAAAGAACCCACAUUUUCAAAAAUCCUAUUCCAACCUAGCCAAAUUUCAUGUCGACUACACCAUCCUGUUUUUUCCGUUUCACUCAUUCAUAGAAAUGUUGUUUGGAUAUUAUAAAAGAAAAAAAGUCGCGAAGCCUGUGGUGUUUGUGUCUUCCCGGACAAAUUGAGCAAUGCGAGAACCUUUGAUAGCCAGCGGAAAGGUCAUCCGGCGUAAAGGCUCUUUGGUCUGCUCUGUGUUCCCCACCCAGUUGACGUUUUGCUAUGA